AUGGACUACGACCGCUACGACGCCUUCCUCCACCACAUCUUCAAGCAGACUCAGGGCGACGCAUGGUUCCGCCCCACAGAGGACAACCUCGCCUGCGGCGUCGCCCUCCGCGUCGCAGACGGCGAGUUCCGCGUCUUUCCCUAUGAGAACAUCGCCCUCGAGCCCUUCGAGACCGCCGUCAGCGCGCUCAACCCCGUUGUCGCCGUCAAGGUCCGCAGCGCUGCCGUGCACGCUGCCCUCGCUGAAGUCGGCCCAGAAGACAAGUCCAUCUACGUCGACGCCAACACCCGCAUCCAGAUCCUCGAGACCAUGAUGCUCCUCCCCCACGCCGACAAGGAGCAGAACGCCGCCUUCAUCCGCGACGAGCGCGUCCUCGUCGUCUGGUCAGAGUCCGUCGACACCAUCGUCCCCAUCUGCCGCGACUUUGAGGACCGCCUCAUCAAGCUCCUCUGGCGCUCCCGCCCCAACGCCCACCUCGGCGCCGCCACCUCCUCGACCUCCCACCCCAACUCUGCCUCGGGCUCCGUCUCCGGCCACUCCACCACCAACUUUUCGCCCAACGCGAUGCCGCCGCCGCGCUUCAGCACCAUCGGCAGCAAGCUCGGGCUCGGCGUCGCCGGCAGCUCAGCCAGCCUCUCCGAGGACCCGGAGAAGGGCGGCGUCGGCGAGGAGAAGCGCAGAAAGGUGAAGAGGACGUGGUAUGGCCGCAAGAAGAUCGUCGAGAUCGAUCCCCUCGCGCCCGAGGAGCGUCCCGUGCGCAUCCUCGCGCCCAUUUACAAUGGCAUCGCCGCCGGCCUCGCCCUCUUCUUCAUCGGCAACGGUAUCAGCAUCCUCCUCCAGGAGAUGCUCCUCGACGGCACCUACAUCCGCUUCGCGCUCUGCGCUCUCUGUCCGCUCCUCUUUGCAGUGUCUUUGUUCUUCGCACUACAAAUCGUCCAGAACGUCAGCAUGGCCAUCGGCCCCGUCGCGCAGUACCACGAAAACUCGCGCUACUUCAGUGCGGUCAAGCCGCGGCCGAACAAGCUCGUCGACAACAACCUCCCGCACAUCACCAUCCAGAUGCCCGUGUACAAAGAGUCGCUCGAGUCCGUGCUCGCGCCGUCGAUCGAGUCGCUCAAGAAGGCGAUGCAGACGUACGCGCGGCAGGGCGGCACCUCGACGAUCUUCAUCAACGACGACGGGCUGCGCGUGAUUCCCGACGAGGAGCGCGACGCGCGCAUCGCGUUCUACGCGGACCACAACAUCGGGUGGGUCGCGCGCCCGAAGCACGAGGAUGCGCCGGACGGGUUCAAGCGCGCGGGGCGGUUCAAGAAGGCGAGUAACAUGAACUACGGCCUGGCGCUGAGCUUGAAGGCGGAGAAGCACCUCGCGGCGCUGCAGGCGCAGGAGAAGGCGCGCGAGGGCGGGUCGGCGCGCCGCGGGAGCGGCGGCGAGCCGCGCGCGUACGGGAUGCAGUAUCAGCACCAUGAUGGCGGGGAUAUGACUGCCAUGUCGCCGACGAGCCCGAGCGGGGAGGCGGCGGGUGAGUGGGAGGAUCUCGAGGAGAAGGCGCUGCAGAUGGCGAUCGAGGAGGUGUUCGAGGCGAGCGGGCAGCGGUUCCGCCCGUGGGCGGCGAAUGGGCGGAGUUGCCGUGUUGGCGAGAUUAUCCUGAUUGUGGACUCGGAUACGGUUGUGCCGGAGGAUUGUUUGCGGGAUGCGGCGAGGGAGAUGGCGGAGGACCCGACGGUGGCGAUUAUCCAGCAUGAGAGCGAUGUUAUGCAGGUUGCGCAUCAUUAUUUCGAGAAUGGGAUUGCGUACUUUACGCGGAGGAUUAACAAGUGCAUUUCGUUCACGUGCGCCAACGGUGAGGUCGCCCCCUUCGUCGGACACAACGCGUUCCUGCGGUGGAAAGCCCUGCAGGACGCCGCGUUCGUCGACCCCGCGGACGGGGAGGAGAAGAUCUGGUCCGAGAGCAACGUGUCGGAGGACUUUGACAUGGCGCUGCGCCUGCAGAUGCGCGGGUUCAUCAUCCGCUGGGCGGUGUACUCGCAGGGCGGGUUCAAGGAGGGCGUGUCGCUCACCGUCGACGACGAGCUCAACCGCUGGCAAAAGUACGCGUACGGGUGCAACGAGCUGCUGUUCAACCCGCUCGUGCAGUGGUGGCGCAAGGGGCCGAUUGCGCACCAGAUUCAUCGGUUCAUAUGGAGUGCGGCGCCGUUGCAUUAUAAGCUGAGUAUGAUGGCGUAUAUGUUUUCGUACUACGGGAUUGCGGCGUCGAUUACGAUCGGUAUUGUCAACUACGUGCUGCUCGGGUUCCAGUUCCCUGUGGACGGGUUCUACAUGCACUCGUUCGAGAUCUGGCUUGCGACGACGAUUGUGUUCUUCGGCUCGGGUAAUGUGGGCUUCACGAUCCUCGAGUACCGCCUCGGCGAGAAGGGCCUCAUCAUGGGCUUUAUCGAGAACAUCAAGUGGAUACCGUUCUUCUUCUUCUUCUUCGGCGGGCUGAGCAUCCCCGUGUCGCAGGCGCUCCUCGCGCACCUGUUCUCGUACAACAUGACGUGGGCGGCGACGAAGAAGGAGGUCGAGCGCUCGAACUUCUUCAAGGAGAUCCCGAAGAUCUGGAAGCGCUUCUGGUUCCCGCUCACGGUGUCGGUUAUCAUUGUUGCGGGCAUUAUCAUCCUGUCGACGCCGCUUGUGCCGAUCGCGUGGAGAGUGGAUGGGUCGGCGUGGGCGGUCAUUUUCCCUCUUGCCAUUGUCGCCGGCUGCCACAUCCUCUUCCCGAUCGUCCUCAACCCCUGGCUCAUGGUCUUCUCGUACUAGACGAGCGGCCUCACAUGCGAAAAACACACGACACACGCGCGCCCCGUCGACGUCAUCUUGGUCUCCAGGUCUUCUUCGCGCGAGCACACCGAUGAUACCCUAAUGCCGCACACAUGCUACGUAUAUACCACGAACGUUCCCCGCGCGGGGAGAGGAGCUGCAUGGUCGCUCUCCGGCUUUCGUCUCGCGCACGCGCAUACAUACACAGGUCUUCGCCGCUGUCUCUCGCUUGGUCCCCCGCUCGCUCCCCUGGUGUACAUAUGCCGUCCCCUCUUUUGGCCGCGGCGUUGAUGGGAGACAUGCGCGUUGGACGCGACGCGAUCUCGCUGCAUACAUUCUCCCUGGAUGAUUCCCGCCCCACCCCGUUCUUUUUCUUGGACGCUUUAUAUAUCCCCUUGCUCUCUAUCUGUCUCUUUCGUCUGCGGACUCGCUGAACGAACUGUUACUGACUGAACUGAACUGUGCUCUGUGUCCCCAUUGUUGCAUCCCAAAAUCAUGUUGUCUCCCAGUCUCCACGCAUUCUUAUCGAUAUCACCCUUACAUGUACUUACCACCACGCCUAGGGACACUUGCCGUCUCACAUUCUAUACAUCGUACAGUAAAUUUCGCUAGAUAGACAGUGCUUCCGCCUGUCGUGUAGUGCAAUGCGUACAUACAGUAUUGCACCUGUGCAAACUACACUUUGCCGUAGAUGACGC